AUGACUCCUCCUGGACGCCGCCUCCUCUGCAUAUCCUUACUAAUCGUCACCCUUACGUUCAGCUAUCUUUACCUCUUCUCUAAGCCUCAAUACAACCAGAUCCCCAACUAUGCGCCUCUGAGAAAAACCCACUCCUCCUCAAAGGUCGCGAUUGCGACAUUUCUGUCCGGCGGCGAAGACCCCUCCGCGCCCAUAGAAGACGAUUUCUAUUUCCAAGCUGCUAGAACAUUAACGUACCAGCUCUUACAUGAUCCUGAAACGCGGUCUAAGAGAGCAGACAUUCCAUUCCUCGUGCUCUGCACCCAAGACGUUGCCAGUUCAAAACUUAAGCGCUUAGAGCUCGACGGCGCAAUUGUAGAGGUUGUAGCUGACGUGCCCCUUCCCUACUGGAUAUCGACGGGAGUAACGCGAUGGAAAGACCAAUUCACCAAACUGCGCAUUUUCGAGAUGGUAGAGUAUGAACGGGUUUUAUUCAUCGACGCCGAUACACUGAUCGUCAAGCCCAUUGAUGGGAUUUUUGACGAGGCGAUGAUUCAGAUUCCCAUGACGUCACUACUACACAGGACUCUAGAGGUGAAAAAUGACGAGAAGCCGCUACCUAGCAACUACUCCUUCGCCGCACGCAGCGACAACGCCUUCUCUGGGGAAAGAGAUCACCCUUUCCCCCCACCUCCGACGGAAAGCUUCUCAGCGGGAUUUUGGUUAGCAGCGCCGAGUACGGAGAUAUUCGAGUAUUUGACGAGUGUGAUGGGAAAUUGGAGGAGGUUCAAUCCACAUACAAUGGAGCAGAGCUUGCUGAAUUACGCAUUCAGGAGGUCGGGACCGAUGCCGUGGUACGAAUUAGGGUGGGAGUGGAGUGCUACAUGGCCGAGUUUGAGGGAUUGGGAGGGCGGUGUAAAGAGCCUGCACGAGAAAUGGGAUCGCACGGGGCCGGAAGAGUUGAGAAAGAAGUGGCAGAAAGUGAAGAGUGAGAUGGAGACUUUUCAACAGGAGAGUAAGGAGUGA